AUGAUUUUCCAAAAAAGAUCCAAGGAGAUCGUCUCCUCCCCAUUUAAAUCAACGAGCUUACCAUUCAUAACGCUGAACUCUUUCCCAAAUGAAAUCCUCUUACUUAUACUCCAAAAUCUUGACAUAAUCACCCUUCUCUCGGUUUGCAACGUUUCAAAACGUUUUCAUCAAGUGUCAGUUGUUGCUUUAGAAUCUCGAUUUGCCGAACCAAAUUUACGGCUUCACUUAGGAUUUGAACAAGAACAAAAAUGGCGUUUCAACGUUGACUUUAAAUUUUCACAUGUGAAUACACAAACGGGGAAUUUGGUAUUUAGGCCGAUAAAGCAACAGACAAGUCUGAGAUUAUUUCAUUCUCCUUUACUUCGUAACCCAUCGAUCAGUAAAAUCUCAUUGUCGUGCCGACAAAUCUCCUCGUCAAAAUCUCUUAAACCAAAGUCUUCAUCGAAUUCAUUACGAAAUCUACCGAGCACUAAUGCUCAUCAUAAUAACCACCAUGUCUUGAAGCUUGACACAAAUUUCCUUCAAAAAUCCUGUAAAUUCGCGAUAAAAUCAUGCGGAGAACAAGAACAGCAACGUGACGUGUAUAGAAUAGGACAUGGAUCAAAACAUUUACAAGUGUCCUAUUCAUUUAAAUAUACAGUGGAAACUGCCCCACCAACAAUACGAAAACUGCGAGGUGGAGAACGAUGGAUUACCCCAAUUUCUUUUGAAUGUCCCGCUAGUUUUUUCUAUCCGCAUGAACCAACCGCCCAUAAGGUCAUAAUGUCAUUAUUAAGCUAUCGAAAAACAGCAACGGCGGUGACCUCAUCAAAUAACUUGAGAAGAAAGCAAAAUAGAAAUACAGAAAAAUCAAUAUUCACGUUUAUGUCAAAGAACAAGAAAAAGGAUCAAGCUAAAAUGAAUGACGAUAUGUAUCCACGUGAUCUAAAAUGGGCUAGAGAAUUUGUAUUGUGA